AUGCUCUAUGACACCAACUAUGAUUUAGAGAAACCUUUUCCUUGUCAUAGGUUAAUAGAAUUGGAUGAGGUCGAGUUUCAACAAGUGAAGAAGAAAUUAUGGACCAAGAAACAUGAUUUUGCGCUUACCCAUAAAUCAAAGAUGAAGAUGUUUCAUGAUACCAAACAUCGAGUCAAUAAGUCCAUUAAUAAAAAUUAUGCUUGGAUGUUCAAAUCAAGGUUUAGGCGUCACCGUGGAAAGAUUAGAGGCAACAUGGUUUAUUUAUACAUGGUCAAAGAUGUCAUGCCACACGAUCUGGUCAUUGAGGUUAAGGUCAACAACAAGACGGUUGACUUUCAAAAAAGUCCACAAACAUAUGAUCCUCUAUAG